AAUCAUCAAUUAUUUUUUGUACUUUUUUCUUCAUUCUCUUGUAACGCUUGUAUUUUACAAACAAAACUAGUCUAAUAUGCAAAUUGGUUGAUCCACAAAGCAAAAAUGAAAAGUAGUUUCUAUUCUAGUGAUCGUCAGGGAGCCCUCUAUGAACCAAUUUGAGUGCAAAAACACGGACGUUGUCUUUUCUGUAAUAUAAAAGAAAAAAGUUAAUAAAAACGCAUAAUUUUGAAAUAGAUGAAUCUCGGAUUCUGAGUGAUAAGAAGCAGAGGAGAAGCAUUUUCACAACUGGGUUUAUCAUUCAGAGGAACUGGCAGAUUGCACGCUUCUUUUGAUGUGCCCCCAUUGUGAUGAAUUCUUUCAUGAUGGCUGCAGAAAAGCUGGACAAAUCAUAGAGGAAAAGAAGAAUGAUGGUGGCUUGCGCUGCUUGAAUUUUCCAAGGGCUUUUUCCCAGAUAUCAACUAUUAGUAUGAUGCCUGGAGGUUCAAAAUCUAAUGUAGUAUAUAAGAGAAAGAAACUGCGUGGCAAUUCUGAUUCCAGGUUGCUGGCUAAUGGGACAGAUUGUUGUUCUUUGAUUAGUUGUGAUGGUCAUUUGAUAGAGGACAAAGAGCAGGCUACGACUUCUCGACAUAUCCACAAGAGUGAAAUUGUUGGAAAUGUUAUCCCUCCUCGUCCUGUUUGCGAUGGAAAAGCUCAAGUUUCAGAACUAGAAUCAAUCAAUGGUUGUACCAUUGGGGAGGGGCAUGGUUCUGAUGAAACACUUAACAAUAACCUGCAAAAAAGUUUGGAGGUUGACAGCAUGAAUGAUAGCUGCUCCUCAUCAAAGUCAAACAUGGAACGUGUUUCAACUUCCUUGAAGGUUGAAGUGGACGACACAGGUGAGUGCUCGUCUUCUAGUAUUCGGGUCAUGGAGGAUAUGGUCGAGGAUAUAUCAGGAAGAGAUCUAUGCAUUUCUAUCCUUAGAAGCAACGGGCUUCUAUCUUCUCUGGCUCAUGCUUCUGAGCAAGAAAGUGAUUUAAGAAGCGAAAACAAUUGUUUUCGAUUGUGCAAAACUUGUGGCUCUUCAGAUUCAGCCUUGAAGAUGUUAAUUUGUGAUCAUUGUGAAGAUGCAUUUCAUGUCUUAUGUGGCAAUCAUCGCAUGAAGAAAGUGUCAAAUGAUGAGUGGUAUUGCAACUCAUGUUUGAAGAAGAAACAUAAAAUUUUGAACGAAGCAAUUACCAAGAAAUUGGCAAACAUCUCAAGUAGAAAUGGAUCUUCUAAGAGUGAAUCAAACUCCAUAGCAUUAAUGUUAACGGAUACAGAACCUUAUACAACUGGUGUUCGGAUUGGCAAAGGUUUUCAAGCCGAAGUUCCAGAUUGGUCUGGCCCGAUUUCUGAUGAUACUGAUGCCACCGGUGAGCCACUGGAAAUGGAUCCUUCAGGGUCUUUUCUUAUGCAUGAGCAGAGUACCAAUAAACCUUGUAGAUUGAGCGCUAUUGGAAAUUGGCUUCAAUGUCAACAAGUUAUAGAUGGAGUGGGUGGUGUUAAUGGAGUCAUAUGUGGCAAGUGGCGCAGGGCUCCUCUUUUUGAAGUCCAAACUGAUGACUGGGAAUGCUUCUGCUCCAUCCUUUGGGAUCCAGCACAUGCUGAUUGUGCUGUACCUCAGGAAUUGGAAACAGGUCAAGUUUUAAAGCAGUUGAAGUACAUUGAAAUGUUGAGGCCUCGUUUAGCUUCCAAAAGACGGAAAUUGGAUGAGACCAAGAGCAGAAGUGAUGUGCAGAACCUUAUAGAGAAUACAGAACACAAAACUUGAUAUGGUGAGAACUGCUUGAUAGUAUUCAAGUGUCCGUAACUCCAUAUCUUACAAAAUCAAGUCAUUCAGAUUAAAAUUAGUCUUAUUCUCUACUUUAAGAAGCAUUGUAAUAGUAAUAUCUUGUAUGAUGCAAAUGAAGGACUAAAUAUGAUGUGUUUGAGAUUUUUUUUUUGUCCUCUUCUCCUGGAAAACGUCUGUCAAGAGAAAAUGGGUAGAUGGUAAUUGCUUUUUGUUGGUGAGGUGUAGAGAAAUGAAAUUGGAAUAGUUCAACAUCUUUUACA